AUGAGGUGCACUCGUCGCCAUUCUUGGUUCGAGUUCUGCAAUCAUUGCACUCGCCGCUUCAUGGACUUUUUGCGGAAACCCACCCUGAUGAGCGGUGCAGGAACUUUCGAUAUUUAUGCCACGUCGCACAUGCACCAAGAGGCUCUCAGGACGUGUGUAUCCCAUCAUGAUCAUAUAUCCAAGGUAGCGCUACCCUCUCCCACUGCUCUCCACGAUAUCACACGUUUUCGCGCAGAUCUACUAUCUUACCCAAUGCGGUUUGAGGCGUAUAUUGGCGAGAGGCUCUCACGAAGGGACGAACAGGCCGUGGAACUCGGUGGAGUGUCGGGCCUCGACACUCCAACACUGUGGGAUGCAUGUUUGGUUGUGUUUGGCAAGGGCUUCGGAGCAGACAUUCCCAUCAUCAUCAUCAUCAUUCACCUCAAGCAUUGCGACCGAGCUCCGAGGAAGCAUUCCCAUCGGGUCACUCGGCACCUCUCCAUCGGUCUCCGAAUAAUUAUAGGGAAAAUGGGCUCCCCAGUGGCUAAAGGUUUGGAGGUUCGGUUCAGUCUGAACCUGUUCUCCAGAAAAUUUCUGGAGCGCGAACCUGAAACUGAACUCGAACUGAACUUUGCGUUCGGUCCAGAAGGAAACUUUGCGAUUGAACUACCAUCUCCUACCGAAACCUGCUUCCCUUCUUCUCCUAGUAACAUUGGGUCUCAGAUCUCAGAUCUCAUCUCUCAGUGCCCGUUCUGUCUGCCCGAUAGCAAGAAGACGGUUUUCAAGAAGCUCUUCGUGAAACUUACUGACUCUGAGCGAUUGCCUGAGUCACCUGACACCAUUCGUGAUGGCGAGGAGGCUAAACUACGAGACAAGACAAUUCCUUGCAUCAAGCGGAAGGGUUUCAGAGAGGCGGAGCUUAACGCCACUGUAUCACGAAGCCCACUAUUCGUCGUCUCGCUCGUUGUGGAGCAUUCCCACAUCAGCUCAACCACUGCCUCUAUAUCAAUGGGAAACUGUGCAUUGGAGGAGUUGCGUGUUACGUCGCCCGUCCACUCGUCCUCCCUCGCUGAUGACGCAUGUUCGACAGUUCUUCUUGCCACCACCAACUCAGGCAUCGCCAAUCCAGAUUGUUGCACGUUUGCCGCUGACUGUAGUGGCCUGAACUGCUGCUCCUUGAGGUUUUGGUAA